CUUCUUAGUAUUAUAUUACCUCUAGCAGUAGAUAUUGUUUCAAGAUUGUUUAAUAAAUCAUGAAAGAAUUUUACCUUGUACCAACUUCAGUUAUGAACCGGAAACCUCUCGAGAUAGUAAAAUUGGGAGGUGAUGAGAAUUUAGAAGGAGGAGGUGGAUGCUUGAAGCGUGGUGUUAAACGCAAGAUUAAGCUCAGUCCCGUCAGGGAAGUCAACCCACCUGCUCUCACCUCGGUGAAACCUCAGAAAACCCCAGAUUUGUCAAGAUUCAUGCACAUAAGAGUGAGUGCGAGAAAUAUAGAAUAUGUGAAAUCAAUGUUGGUAUUAUUGCAAAGAAAUCCUUUGGUGAGUUGGGAUGAGAAUGGUGACCUUCUUACCCCCAUUACUGGACGUAAUAUUAUUGAAAUAUUAAAUGUUUUAUCAGAAAACAAUGUGAAAUCAGCGAGAAGAAACGAUUCUGAUUACUUAACAGAAAUAAAGCAUUUAUUAAAUAUAACAGGUAUACAUUUUGAUUUUGUGAGGAAUACAAAAGUGAGAAGACAAUUAUUACAUAAAGGAGGCGGUGUAAGGAGAGA